AACAAACAAUCAAUGAUCCUUGCGUAAAUUUGUUGUAUAAGCGAACUCCAAACUUCUGAAUAAAAGGAGGUGAUAUCUCUAUUGUAUACACAUUCAAACCACACACUAGCUUAGCAGUCUAGCCACUUAACUAGUAACUUACAGUACGAAGUAUGGAGGAGGUCCAGGAGGAGGAUGCAAAAACGAAAAACAAUGAGCAAAACAAUGAGCAGCAAACUGAGGGGGAGAGUAGUGAUUCACCGCCACCACCAACAGAUUCACCAUCCCCCUCAUCAGUUACUGACCUGUGUGUUACUGAUGUACCUGAUGAGCAUUACUCAGAAGCAUAUUCUAAGGCAUACUUCGACGAUCUUUUUGGUCCAGCCUCCACGGGACUGUGGAAUUACAUUGGCCCGGGAGGGAUAUACGCCAACAAUGCCAGAAGUAGAGUCCCACCAGAUCAAAGCGGCAUGAGUGGGGAGACAAAGAUUUUGAUGCCUCGGAUUAGUGAAGGAGAUGAAUGGCCUACCAAUUUCACUACAUCAAUAUUUUAUGGAGCUCAGGAUGUGGUUGAUAUCGCCCCGUCUAAUCAUUCUAAGAUCAAAGAUGGAGAUGAAGAGACAAUUUUGAAAAACUAUGCUACAAGAGGAGGAGAUUGGUGGAAGGGAUCGUACAACUACUGACGAGACUAAAGGUUGAGGACAAGAUUUAAAGCUUAGGUUGGAGCUCCAUGCAAGUCUCAAAACAGCACCUCGUUUCCAUCUCUUCCUUUUCUCUAUCUUUUUUCAUUCCUCUUUGAAUAAGCUAAGUUGUAAGCUACUGUAAUCCUUGCAUUUACCCGUGUAUCUCACAUUAAUGGAUAUUGUUGUCAAGUUCCUCAAGAACAUUUACUUUGAAAUAGAGGACCUAAUUAGGGGGUAGGGUCUUUCAUGCUUCAUUCAAAGAAUAGUAUUUAAUUGCCACUGGAGUACCAAGAAGUACUACCUCCGUAUCACUUUAAGAACCCAGUAGAUGACGAGCAUUUUGUCA